AUGGUUGGGGAUGGUAGUGGCAUAUACAUUGAGAAACCGGGAGAAAAAUUGUCCUAUUCCCUCCAUAAUCCUGACAAAACUUCAGUUUUCAAAAAUGAACUUGUUGGAAUUGAACAUGGCCUUGAAACAGUUCUCAAUGAAUGCGACUUUGGUUAUCUCUGGAUUCUCUCUGAAAGCAGUUCUCUUCAACACCUAGAUAAUUGGAUUACUGUUGGAGACAAAACUAGCGUCUCUAUUCUCCAGAAACUUAAACAAACACAGCGCCAUGAUGUCCAUUUCCAGUGGAUUCCGUCCCAUGUGGACGUUAUGCUUAAUGAACAAGCAGAUCUCUUGGCCAAAGAGGAUUGUAACACUACUUCACUUAUCUCCACAGCUCUCACCUACUCUGAACAACAGGCGAGGAUAAUAAUAUUCUUAAAAUACACUGUGAAACUGUACCUAGUCAGUGGAAAGUUUAGUAAAUAUAGAAGAUUAGCAAGAAAAAGAGAGGACUGGACUGUGGCUAAAGAUUUUUGUCUAUUUACAGAAAUAGAAUAUCUUGUUUUCCUGGGGAGUAAACUUUCAGGAUGCAAAUUAGAUAAUGUGCUGGCUAAACUUCCUACAAGCCGAUCUCCGGAUUCAGGGGACUCCGGAAGUCUCGGAAGGAAGUCUCCCAGCUAUGAUGUUGAUUCUCCUCUGUGGCUCCUUCUCCAUGUUGCCCCAAUCCGAAACGAAAAAGAUGUUGUGGUUCUGUUCCUUCUCACUUUUCGAGACAUCACUGCCCUUAAACAAACCUCAGAAGAAGAUGCUGCUAAAGUGGGACUUAGCAAAUUUGCCCGCCUUGCCCGCUCUGUCACAAGGAGUCGUUCUGUCUUGGUUCAGCAGUUCUCCUCUCACAUGGCUACCAAUAAGCCCGACACUACUAAACAAUCACAGCUCGCACAUAUGAUAAGCCUCAAUUCUGAAGUCCUGCCUCAAUAUCGACAAGAAGCUCCAAAAACCCCGCCUCACAUUCUCCUACACUAUUGCGCCUUUAAAGCCAUCUGGGACUGGGUGAUCCUCUGCUUAACCUUCUACACAGCCAUCAUGGUCCCUUAUAACGUGGCCUUCAAGAACAAGACUUCUGAGGACGUGUCCCUGCUUGUCUUGGACAGCAUCGUUGACGUCAUCUUCUUCAUCGACAUCGUCCUCAACUUCCAUACAACGUUCGUGGGACCCGGAGGGGAAGUUGUUUCGGACCCCAAGAUCAUCCGCAUGAACUACAUGCGCAGUUGGUUUAUCAUCGAUCUCCUCUCCUGUCUGCCUUAUGAUGUGUUCAAUGCCUUCGACCACGACGACGACCAAGGUAUAGGUAGUUUAUUUAGUGCCCUAAAAGUGGUGAGACUCCUACGGCUAGGCCGAGUAGUGAGAAAAUUGGACAGAUAUCUUGAGUAUGGAGCCGCCAUGCUUAUCCUACUUCUGUGUUUCUAUAUGCUGGUGGCUCAUUGGCUUGCGUGUAUAUGGUACAGCAUAGGCCGCAGUGACGCUGAGAACGGCUUUGUGCACAGUUGGCUUUGGAAACUCUCUAAUAUAACCGGAAAGCAUUUCUAUUACAAAUCAAGCUCCAAUCCUCUAUCAAACAGCACUCAUGAACUGACGAAAGGACCACUACGUGGUACGAUGUAUGUAACAGCUUUGUACUUCACCAUGACUUGCAUGACCAGUGUAGGUUUUGGGAAUGUUGCAGCUGAGACGGACAACGAGAAAGCGUUCACGAUCUGCAUGAUGAUUAUUGGAGCCCUUUUAUAUGCCACCAUUUUCGGGCAUGUGACAACCAUCAUUCAACAGAUGACAUCGGUAACUGCAAGGUACCAUGAAAUGUUAAACAACGUGCGCGAGUUUAUGAAGCUACAUGAAGUUCCAAAAGCCCUUAGUGAAAGAGUUAUGGACUAUGUAGUAUCUACUUGGGCCAUGAGUAAAGGGAUUGAUACAAAGAAGGUACUGAGUUAUUGCCCGAAAGAUAUGACGGCGGAUAUUUGUGUACACCUGAACCGCAAAGUGUUUAACGAGCACCCUGCUUUCCGAUUGGCAAGUGAUGGUUGUUUGCGAGCAUUGGCGAUGUACUUCACCAUGGAUCAUAGUGCUCCAGGGGAUUUAUUGUACCACACCGGGGAGAGUAUAGACACUCUCUGCUUUGUAGUCAGUGGUUCUCUGGAAGUGAUACAAGAUGAUGAAGUCGUUGCUAUCCUCGGAAAAAAUGAUGUUUUCGGUGAUUCUUUCUGGAAAGAACCUUCCAUAGGUCAAUCGUGUGCAAAUGUCAGAGCUCUCACUUACUGUGAUCUUCAUGCUAUCAAACGAGACAAACUACUUGAAGUGCUUAACUUUUAUCAUGCCUUUGCAAAUUCAUUUUCUAGGAAUCUGGUACUAACUUACAAUCUCCGACACCGGUUGAUUUUCCGGAAGGUUUCUGACGUCAAACGGGAACGCGAGUUAUCCGAAAGGAGAAAAGCGGAUCCCAUCCCGGAUAUCUCCCAGGAUCAUCUAGUGCGGAAGCUGUUUUCUAAAUUCAGGAAAAAUGGAGGAGAUGCGGGAAAGUCCAGCAGUUCCAACCAAAUUGCUGCUCAGCCCGAUGUCGAAAGAGGAGAGGUUCGGCCCCCUAGCCCUCCUCAAGACGGCACUAGGUCUCCUGCACCUGAAGAAGAAAACAGAGAAAACCAGAAUGGCCCCAGCAUAUGGGGCUAUGGUUCCUCACUCCUCCGCUCAAAUAACAUCAACACCAAAAACGAAGUAGUCCUCUUCCAUAAAUCAGCGGACCUUACCGUUGAAAAGCAACCGGAUGCCUACAGUGAACCUGAUCAACGGCAACGUGGCCUUCAAACCAAAGGUGUUUCUUCCAAGUGGUCCAAGAUGCAGACGGAAACUACCAGUGAAGUCGAGUCGACACAAGUAAAAGAGGAAGAGAGCGUGGACUCUCGAGCGGAAGUCCAACCUCGAGGAGGAAAGUCAAUAGCAACUUCAGACCUCGAGAAACUCGCUACUAGCAAAGAGAAAACUGAUACUGCAGAAGGAGCCCUCCAACUGAUGACGAGUGGCUCGGGUGGUGGCGAGUAUCAGCAGAUCGUUUCAAGCCUGAUGGACAUGCGAGUGGACUUGAAACUCGAAAUCCAAAGGCUGAAUCUCAAAGUUUCUAGGAUAGAUGAACACCUGGUAGAGCUAGUGAAAAAGAUGCCAAGGUUGCCUACGAAAUCAGAUGCAGACCGAACUGUAGAUGGGCGGCCAGAUUCGUACCGCCGCGGCAGUGAUCAUUCUAAACACACGUGCAGCAAGGGUGGUAAACGAGAAUCCCAUGUGCCUCCUUCUAAAAAGAAAGGGGCUAAAUCUAAGAGCUGGACGUCAUCAAAAUCAUCACCACCCCCUGCGCCUUCACGUGUUUCUCCUAAUGACUCGGCCGUGAGAGCUAUGCUUGAGAAUGAAAUCGAAGAGCUCCAACGAGAUUCGCUUCCAAACGAAACAUAA